AUGAUUUACUCUAAGAUCGUCGUACUUGUUUCAGUGCUAGGAGUUGUUGCAGCUCUACCAAACCCUAGUAUUAACAGGAUGGAGGUUAAAACACUCGCAUUUAGAAAUGAAGUGUCUUUGGAUAGUCUUGCCAAGCGCAAGUACUUGGUCAGCUAUCCUGAGGGCGACGACAAGGAGGGCGAGCCAGGCCUCACCAAGCGCAAGUACUUGCGCAAGUACUUGGUCAGCUAUCCUGAGGGCGACGACAAGGAGGGCGAGCCAGGCCUCACCAAGCGCAAGUACUUGGUCAGCUAUCCUGAGGGCGACGACAAGGAGGGCGAAGCCAGCUCUGUCUAA